CAUGUGCGUAUGUGCUGUACGAUGAUGAGACUGGUCGCCAUCUUUACUCCAUCCCAGCACAGCGCUACCGGUGGGGCGGAACGCCACUCAUCGGCUCAGUUGAUUUCUAGGAACCACCGAUAGACCUGACACACCACCGUGUCUUUAACUUAGGAAUUGCCACUUUGACUAGUUCACUCACGUUAAUUUACUUUAAUCCAAUAUACAAUGGGAGAGCGAGAUGACCUAGUGUAUCAGGCAAAACUUGCCGAGCAGGCAGAGCGAUAUGACGAGAUGGUGAUUUCUAUGAAGAAUGUGGCAAGCAUGAACGUGGAGCUCUCAGUGGAAGAGAGGAACCUACUAUCAGUUGCCUACAAGAAUGUGAUUGGAGCUCGGAGAGCCUCCUGGAGGAUAAUCAGCAGUAUUGAACAGAGGGAAGAGGGCAAGGCUGGAGAGGAGAAAUUGAAGAUGAUCCGAGAAUACAGGCAAACGGUUGAGAAUGAGUUGAAAGCAAUCUGUGGUGACAUUCUGGAUGCAUUGGAAAGUCACCUACUCCCCUCUGCUGCCUUGGGAGAGUCUAAGGUCUUCUACAACAAAAUGAAGGGUGACUACCACAGGUAUCUGGCAGAGUUUGCCACUGGCAACAACAGAAAGGAGGCAGCAGAGAACAGCCUGGUGGCUUACAAAACUGCUACCGAUCUAGCCACAUUGGAGCUGCCUCCCACACACCCCAUCCGCCUUGGCCUAGCCCUCAACUUUUCCGUUUUCUACUAUGAGAUCCUCAACUCCCCUGACCGCGCUUGCAGGUUGGCGAAGGCUGCAUUUGAUGACGCCAUCACAGAACUGGACACACUGAGUGAAGAAAGCUACAAGGACUCUACACUUAUCAUGCAGUUGUUACGUGACAACCUGACACUAUGGACUUCAGAUAUGCAGGCAGAGGGUGAAGAACAGAACAAAGAGGCACUGCAAGACGUUGAGGAUGAGGCCCAGUGAGACUAUGCCACCAACAACUUGAGACUUUCCCCUCACCUCUUCACACUCCUCCAUCCUGAUCCUUCCCUCCCUCCAACUCCUCUUCCCUUCCUCCUUCUCCCCUUCUCUCCCACUUUUCCUUUCUACCACUUCUGCAGCUCCAUGCCCAAGCAGGGCCAUGGAGUUAACAAGUUUAUUUUUUUCUUCUUUUUUAUUUUUAUAUUAGCCCUUACAUCAUUCAAAUAAAUACCACUUAAUUGAGACAGGAAAUACAAUGUUAGAAAGACAAAGAUAAAGAAAGUCCCUCGAUUGUCUUUUUUUGUUUUUUGGGGGGGGGGUUUUUGUUUUUUUUUUUGUCCUGGUACAAGCAGUUCUGUUUUCUUUGUUUUCAUUAUUGUAUUUUUGUUUGUUUUUGCUUUUUCUUCAAUAUUUUUAUCAGUUGCUGGAUGUAUUGAGAAUUUUUUUUCUUAAUGUAAUUACAGAAAUUAACUUUUAUUACUGAUAAUGUCGACUAGUUACGGGAGCUAUUUUAUCUCUGUUUUUAGUGAAAUGUCAUGCGAAUCAUUUUACCUUUUUGUGGGCAGUUUGGAAAACUACAAGUGCCCUUUUUGUUAACUUAGGUUUUCAGAGGAAGUUGGCAAAAUUCGUGAUAUCCAUGUGGGGCAAAGAAUUGCUUAACUUUUACACCAUAGUGAUUCUGAUGUCAUGUAUUUGUAGUUGUCCUUGGACUGUACUUUGUGCUGAAAUACUGUAACUGUGCACACAUGCUGAUCUCUGAAGGUUGACUUAUCACCAGCUGGUGGCUAUAAUUUAAAAAAAAAAAAAAAAUUUGGGAGAUUUCUCACUUGUGUGAAAGUCAAGUCUUGAUUUGGUCCCGCUCUUUAACAGAGAGCCCUAAAAUGAAGAUUGUCAUUGCUUGCAUUAGUUAGCACAUGUUCUUUUCUGCUGCUUCUCCCCCACUUUUUACUAAAGCUCCUCUAGGUUCAGAGGUUUUCUUUCUUUCCUGUUUUAUUUGUUUCUUUUUCCUGUUUUGCUUCAUUAUGUGUAACUUGGAGCUGAUUUGUACUACUGGAUAUCUGACUGGAGCCACAGACAGGGAAUCUGUAUUGUUCUUACUGAAACACAGCAUGGAAUUAACAUUAAACAACCUAAAUUAAACAUUGCAAACUGA